UCUCACCCCCACCUGAUCAAACCCCAAGACUUUUAACCGAAGAAUUGAGGAGACAAUAUAGAAUCCAACCUCAUCGGCGAGAAUCUGAACUUCCGAUUGGAAGUACAGUCACAUAUCAUCAUGGUAGCCAUCACCGACCACAACGUCGUCUACGCGGGCGACAAAAAGAUUCACUACCUAGCAGCAGGCCCUGUCGAUGGCCCUCUGGUUCUCUUCAUCCAUGGCUGGCCGGGCACCGCGAUCACCUGGAAGGCGCAAAUCGAUGCCUUCGCAUCCGUGGGGUUCCGCGCAAUUGCCCCGGAUAUGCCAGGAUACGGGCAGUCGACAGCCCGCCGCGUGGUCGACGACUACUGUCAAGAGGCCAUCGUGGAGGGCAUGAUGGCUUUGCUAGCCGACACCGGCCGCGAUGCAGCGAUCUGGGUCGGCCACGACUGGGGCGCAGGCGUCACAUCCUCCGUCGCGACGCAACACCCCGAGGUGGUUAAAGCACUGGUGAAUUUGUCUGUGCCAUUUCACACUAUCGAGCGCGGCUGGCAGGGCUUCCUGCCGUUCGUGAACCGCGAGCUCUACCCGGCGGACGAAUACGAGUUCGGCCAGUGGGACUAUAUGAAGAACUGGGAGGAGAACUUCGAAAAAACCGUUGAAUGGUUUGACCGGGACGUUGCAGGAUUCUGCAAGGCUUCACUGCAACCGAGCAUGCCCCCAUCUAGCCGUUUUGCCCAGCUGACUGCCAACGUGCGCAAGGCCGGCGGAUGGAUGGGCGGGGCGCCAAAGCCCCCGAGUGUGGACAUGACAGGACCUCCGGUGCUUCCUGCCGAGGUCUUCGACUCGUUUGUUCAGGAUAUGGAGAAGACUGGCUUCUGGCCCGGGUCUGCGUACUACCUUCACCAUGCGCGGAACGCGGAAUACAAUGGGAAGCGUGAUGGGAAGCUGGACCAACCUGUCCUGUUUAUCCAUGAUGCCAGGGAUGUGGUGUGUGAUACCAUAACGUCUGGCCUGGUCGAGCCGAUGAGAGAGAAUUGUAGUAAUUUGACUGAGGUUACGAUCGACGCAGGACACUUUGCACAAUAUGAAAAGCCGGAAGAGGUACAGGCUGCCAUAUUCAGGUUCAUUGUGGAAGAGCUGCCGACUGAGUGGCCUGGGUUCAGGACUGCCGGGUAUACUAAGAAGAAGAAGUCGGCUUUGUAAGCUUUAUCAUACUGGGAAUAUCUGUCAGGUCAACAUUGAAGGAUAGUAGGAUUUGACUAGAGUCUAAUUUACGAAAGUUUUGUUUUGCAGAGACCAUCAGUACGAUAUUUAGAUAGGUUGUCCCGAUUAGUUCGACUAGAAACUUAUCGAGGGGCCGGGCCGCCUGGGAGCCAUGGUAAACAGAACUCAAUCGGACUUUGUUGUUAUGUGAAAUGAGAA